CAUCUUUGCCCAAUAAUAAUGCAUAGACCGACUUACGAAAUAAAAUGGAUAGAGUUCCAGGAGAAAAGUUUAUAAUCCGGUCGCAACUUGCUAAAUCUCGCUCCCCCUUCUUUCUAUAUUUCAUCUACUUUUUGUCCUUCUCCUUUUUCGGGUUCUUCGCACUCAAGGUCUCUAAGCCAAGAACCACUUCACGUCCUCAUGACUUGGACCUCUUCUUCACUUCUGUCUCUGCCAUCACCGUCUCUUCCAUGUCCACCGUCGACAUGGAAGUCUUCUCCAACAUCCAACUUAUCAUUCUCACUAUACUCAUGUUUCUGGGCGGCGAGAUCUUCACUUCCUUUUUCAACCUCUACUUGUCCCAUUUUAAUAAAUUUGUCUUUCCUCAUAGCAAAAUCAGACAUAUUUUGGGCUAUUUCAAGGCGGCCCCUAAGAUCGAGAAUCAUCGUCUUGACGUAGAGAAUGUUACCGAUCGUCACGAAAUACCUAGCCAGAUUAAAGAAAGGGUAUCUAAGUGCUUGUACUGGGUGGUUCUUGGUUACCAUCUUGUAACAAACUUAGUUGGCUCGGUGUUGCUUCUCGUGUACGUAAACUUUGUUAUAACGGCAAGAGAUGUUCUUAGUUCCAAAGAUAUCUCACCUCUCACCUUCUCCAUUUUCACAACUGUCUCCACGUUCGUAAACUGCGGAUAUGUUCCCACAAAUGAGAACAUGGUCAUAUUUCGAAAGAACUCGGGUCUUCUCUGGUUCCUUAUCCCUCAAGUGUUGAUGGGAAACACUUUAUUCCCUUGCUUCUUGGUGUUGCUAAUAUGGGGAUUAGAUAAGACCACAAAACGUGAGGAGUUUGGUUAUAUUCUCAAGAACCACAAGAAGAUGGGAUAUUCUCAUCUACUAUCCCCUCGUCUUUGUGUUUUUCUUGGAUUGACGGUGUUAGGGUUUGUUUUGAUACAACUUCUUUUCUUCUGCACCUUCGCUUGGAGCUCGGAGUCUCUUGCCGGAAUGAAUUGGUAUGAGAAGUUGGUUGGAUCGUUGUUUCAAGUGAUAAACUCGAGACACACUGGAGAAACAAUUGUCGACCUCUCCACACUUUCCCCAGCUAUAUUGAUACUAUUCAUCCUCAUGAUGUACCUUCCCCCAUACACGUUAUUUAUGCCGUUCACCGUAAAAAAUAAGAGUGAAGAAAAUGAUUCUGGAUAUGUAAAGGAAGGAAAGAAGAGUGGGCUCUUCGUGUCACAACUUUCCUUUUUGGUGAUAUGCAUCGUUCUCAUUUCUAUCACCGAAAGGCAAAAACUAAGACAAGAUCCACUCAACUUCAACGUUCUUAACAUCACUCUUGAAGUUGUCAGUGCCUACGGAAAUGUGGGGUUCACGACCGGGUACAGCUGUGAACGGCGCUUGAACGUCAGUGAUGGUAGCUGUGAAGACGCGGGUUAUGGAUUUGCAGGAAGAUGGAGCUCCAGUGGAAAAUUCAUACUAAUAAUAAUAAUGUUUUAUGGUAGACUUAAGCAGUUCACAGCCAAAUCUGGUCGAGCAUGGAUACUUUAUCCCUCUUCCUGACAUAUCAUGCAUAUAUAAGUAUAAAAUAUAAAUAAUCUUGUUUGUCUCUUUGUGGGUGAUUUAUUAUAUAAUCCUGUAUGUAGUUUGCAUUUAUUGUUGAUAUUAGAAAGUUUGUGAAAUAAUGAAAAUACAAUGUGUGGAGUCUAUUAUCCUGC